AUCAGCUUACAUUUUAUGAGCCAUCGAUUUUAUUAACGACUAGCUGACCCGGCAGACUUCGUAGUGCCUCAAUCGAUAAAUAAAAGACCAAAAUUUUUGUAUAAAAUAAAUUGAAAACAAACAAAAGUAAUCCGUCCGACGGGGGAUACAUCAAAGGAAAAACAAAAUUGUUAUUUUAUUUAAUUUCGAGCAUUUUCAUAUUUAUCUACCUUUUAAACCUUCUCUGGAUUUCCACAAAUAAUUCAAGACCAAAAUUAGCCAAAUCGGUCCAGCCGUUCUCGAGUUUUAGCGAGACUAACGAACCGCAAUUCAUUUUUAUACAUAUAGAUGACGGCUGCAUUUAAACAAAUGCCCAACUACCAGUGUACAUUACUGAAACUGAAAAAAUAUACCGAGUAGAUGGAUGUCAAUGCUCCAUCAAGAUUCUAGGCCAUCAUUCCAUCAAAACAGGAGUAUGUGUAUUUACUUCUUAUCUGUUAGGAUAAAGGUGUGAACCUUAUCUUGAAGAUAACGUUUUGUCAACGAUUUACAAUCUUUGGACGCGUUUCCAUUCAAAGUAUUGAGGAGGUAACAAGUGAUUUUAAAUUAUUUUGAAAAAAAAAAACAUUUAAUUAAAUGAAUAAUAGUGGCGGUGCGCUUGUGUGAAAAUGAUCAUCGGCGCUUGAUAUAACAAUAAUAUCAUCCACAUAAACAAGAUGAACAUUGAGCCCGAACGCAGAGGCAGCAGGAGCCGAGCUUUGGAAAGGUCCUUGAGCUACUCAGAGGCUAUCCGAGGAGGAUCGGGAAGAUCAUCAAUAGAGAUCCCAAAUAUAGUCGACACGGAUGUUUACAGCAACGAAGAAUUAAAGAAGCAUUACCGAAUAUCCCAGACCUAUGUCGAAGGUAGAGAAAUCACAUUUCCCUCCACCAUCACCAAUGUUGACACAUCUCCACAGGUCAACGUAAAUGCUAUCGCAUCAUCGCAGUAUUCCAGUGAAGAUGAGACUACGGAUUCUGGUCUAGUAAUGACAAUAGAUGUUGAAGAUACUACUAAGACAUCGGAAGUAACUAAGCCUUUGUCGGAUGUAACUCAUACUGUUGUGAGUUCGAUCCCUAUUGAUAUUUAUGAUAGGAUUGAAGUUGCCGAAAGUAUUUUUGAUGGAAACGAUACGAUUGGACCAUCGGCCGCCGGGUAUGCUACGCCAUAUAGCAGAAGGAAACGAAGUGGGAAGAGACGAAGGAGACCAGGUCGUCCCACGCGUUCCAGGAGAGCUGUCUACAAGAACGGAGAUGAGAAUGUACCGGUCCGGAGUAACAUACCCGCUAAGUCCAUCAAAUACAUGCGGGAUUUGGUGAAUACUGUCAUAAACAGCAAAUGGCGUUUCAUCAUAUUGCUGAUGAUCUGCGCUCAUUUCGUGUUCUGGUUCAUAUUCGCUGGUAUCUGGUACGCGGUGGCGACCUCUUACGCGGACGACAUCGGGGACGGCAAGGAGCACUGCGUCACCGGUACCUCGUCUUUUGCAGGUCUACUUCUCAUGACUAUAGAGACACAGAUGACAAUCGGUUAUGGAUCGAGAUAUCCGAACGAAGAAUGUCCUGAGGCGAUCAUUAUCAUGGUCUUCGAGAUCGUAGCCGGGACUGCCUUAUCCGGGGGACUGUCGAGCUUACUAUUCACUAAACUGGUUCGACCAAAUCGACACGUGUCAUCGGUCGGCUUCAGCAAGAAGGCGACGGUAUGCCUCCGUGAUGGAGAAUUAUGCCUUCAGUUCAGAGUGUGGGACCUCCUCAACCUUCACAUGAUCGGCAGUACUAUUACGGCAUACAUUUUGAAGCCAGUCAGAACUUUGGAAGGCGAGUUAGUCCACAACUACAUUCAUCAGCUGAAGCUGAAAGAGGCCCGGGCGUUCCUACUCUGGCCCAUAACUGUGGUCCACGUGAUCGACGCUGAGAGCCCAUUGUACGACUUCUCCGCGCAAGACAUGAUGGAUUACAGGUUCGAGAUUGUGGUCUCCUUAACCGGUUCUUCAAAGAACAUGGGAGCGGUUACCCAGAGUCGCACAUCCUACUUGUCCAAAGAAAUUAUCUGGGGCUACAGAUUCAAGAAUGUUUUAAAGUAUUCGAAAGAAAAGGAAGCCUAUGCGAUUGACAUUGAAAACCUGGAUACGGUGGAACAAGUCGAGACGCCACUCUGCAGCGCCUGCCGUCUCAAGGAUUUCGAAGAUAACAUGAAAGACUCAAACACCCCAACCGUCUUGACCCAACAAAUGUCCAUUUCGCCAACAGACCUAUCUUUAAGCCAGGAGGACUCUUCCACGAUAUCUAAAAUCGGCGAUUCUCUGCCGUCAAGUCCAACUCUGAACAGAACUGCCACCCAGAGGAGCUUUGGAUGGAACUUUAGGAGAUUUUAUCCAGAGAAGUACGUUAAUUAUGGACAGGAACAAAAAGAGUUGAAUGUUUUGAAGCAACAGAUGUGAUUAUGUCUGUUUUUGGUGUGAGUUGGCUGUCUCUUUGAAGAUUAGGUACACUGAUGCCUCAGUUAAAUUUUUGCUCAUCCACACAAAUUCUGACUGCCUAGGAAUAAUUCAACAUACGUAAUGUAAGUGGAGUCUCAGAAAAAUAACGUUAAGAGUCUAACAUACUGCUACGCGCUGUGGUUCGGGAUAAAUAAAAUUUCACCAAAGUACAACUUAAAAACUGUAUUCAACACUUAAAACACUUAAACACUCAACAAA